GCGUGUUUCUUUAGCGUGUUUGACCAGGUAGUAAACACCAAACAAAACACCUCGCUGUCAUUUUUGUUGUUGCCCGGAAAAUGGACGCUACAAAAAGUGCUCCCCUGAUCGCCGAGAGUGGCUCCUUCUGUCGGCUGUGCCUUAAAACCGAUUCCAUUGAGGUGGUGUUCCAAUCCCCGGAGGACGCAAACGAGUCGCUGCUCGGCAUCAUAAGCGAGUGCCUUUCGAUAUGGCUCACCGUGACGGAGGACUUCCCGCUGGCCAUUUGCCACUCGUGCUCCAUGUCGAUCGAAGCCAUCCGUCAGUUCCGGUACAACUGCCAGCAGUGUGAUUUCUACCUGCGCAGUCACCGAUCGGCUGUUGGUGCGGGACAAAAUCCGACGUCGGCGGUUGUGGUCGAUUCCGACCUGGAUUCCACUGGGGAGCAAAAACCCGUGAUAGGACAGAUUGAUCAGAUCGAUGCGACGAUGAUGCAACAGGAAACAUACUCCGUACAGGAAGUACACUACGAAGAAUCUGCCAUAAGCGGGACGCAUGAAGCAAACCAACUCGGAACGGUUUACGGUGGCCAGAUGACUGAACAGCAAGUUUCUGCCGAUGUUAACAUCUCGCUGAAGAAGUUUGACUGUCCCGAGUGUGGCAAACAGCUGUACAGCUCCAGGAUGUUGGCGCAGCAUGUGGUUCGGGAGCAUCGUUUAUGCCACGGAUGCGACAACUGCGGAAUGUCCUACAACAGUGAGCAGAAGUUGCAUUCCCACCGGGAGAGUUGCUCAGGGCGGCCUUCGAAGUUCAUGUGCACUCAGUGUCCCAGCGCCAAGGUGUUCGCCACGGCCAUCAGUCUGUCCAUGCACCUGUACUACGCCCACGACAGUAUAAAAUCCGUGGUCUAUCGCUGCGAGGCGUGCAAGAAAAACUUCAAAAACCGAACGGGUCUCAAAUAUCACUACAAUGCGCGCCACGGUUGUACGAUGGUGGAAUGCGAAAUCUGCCGGAGGCCGUUCCCCACGGAGGAGAGCCUGUACUACCACAAACAGGCGGAUCACUGAUGGAUUUUUUUUAUCAGGAUGACCGGAACAGUAUUGUACAAAUGUAUUUCGACUGAAUAUUUUACCAUGCAAUAAAUGCAAAUAUCUUUUACAGGGUGUCGA